AAAAUAACACCGAACCUUCAACAACAAUUCAAUUACAAUCACAGAUUCCAACAGGUGUCGCUUCGCUAAGUUCGAAUCUGAUCCAACGGGAAUAAAUCUCGUAAUGUAAUCUUUCUAAGUGUUCUUUACUUACUUAUUCCAACCAUGUUUUUACAUCAUGACUUUUUAACAAAUAUGCAUUUAAAAUACUGUCCAGUGACAUGUGUUAUAGAAAUCAAGAACAGAAAAUAAAACACAUGGAGGACGAUAUCGAUAUUUAUGAAGAUUUACCGGCCUUUGGGACAGAAACCGAUGAAAAUUUCACGAACAACAAAGAAAGCAUUAUUGGUGAACAACUGGAGUUAAAAAAACAGAUUGAAGAACUUACAGAAAAAAUAGCAAAUUUCAAGAAGAUUAAUGAAAGUUUGGAAAAGAAUUUAUUUUCAUUAUUAAAAACUGCAAAAGCAGAAAUUUCACGAAAAGAUAGAAUGAUAGAUGAAUUAAAAAAGAAGUUGGAUGAUAUUACAUUUAAAAGGCAUAUGUAUCAUAAAAAUGGCAACAAUACGGUCCAUAAAUCUACUUUACAAGAAACCACUGUAAAUGCACAUCAUAAGUCGACGAACGGUUACUUUUCUCCUAAUCAAAAUACCAUUGAAGCAGAUGUUAAUGAUUCAUAUUAUAGCCAAGUGAAAGAUGAAUCAAAUAACAAGUACAGUUUAAUUCCUCUUACCAUUUUUGGUGAACGUGUAGCUAAAAGAAUUGCUGAUGAACAAAAUUUAGAAAACAAAGACAAUGUGAAAAAGUUUAACAAUAAGAAUGAUAAUAAUAAUGAGAAUACAGAAGGAUAUAUAAUUGAAAGUGAUAAAGAAAAUGGUUCCUUAGCAGAUACUAAUAUCCCUAAUUCAACAGAAAUCCAAUCUCCUGUAAUUACAAUAUACAAAGAAGAUAAAUGUGCAAAAAGUUCAUUGGGAGCAUCAAAAUUAGAUACAGUGAAUGAUAUUCGACCCAAUAAUAAUGAGAUGUGUUCUAAGACAGAAGAGAAAUCAAUGCCAAAUACAAAUUAUAUUGGAAAAAGAGCACGGACAAAUGAUGAAACAAAUAGACACGAUUCUAGAAAAAGAAUCAAAUUAAUCGAAGAGGACAGUAUUACUGAAACAAUAAAAACAGAAGUAAAUACUAACAUAGAAUCUACCAUGCAUAUUAAUGAAAGGCUGUAUUCAUUAUCAAAUUCGGAUACAAGGCAUAGUUGGACUUCAAUUAGACGCCCAGUUGAAGAUUACAAAAAUGAAGAAAGAAGAGAUUCAAAACACAAGAGUAGUUCAUUGCGUGAUGAUAGAGAUACUGCAAAAAAAUAUCGCGACUUCGAUGUUCCUAAAAGAGACGAUUAUCGAUAUAAUCACAACGAAUAUUAUAAAAUUAAAUCAAGAGAACGUGAUCGCGCCGAGAAUUAUCAUUGGUCGCGCACAAGAGCAGUAUCGUAUACGAAUGUUUAUCGAGAGGAACGAUACGGUAGAAUCCAACAUACUAAGUAUACUAGUCAUGAAGACAAAUUUCAGAAACGUUAUAAUUUUCACAGCAACAAUAUGGAUAAAUCUAAAAAUUUCAAAGACGAGAAAGAUUCCAGUAACACACGCAACGUGCCAAAAUGUUGCAAUUUUGAGCGCAACUCUAUGGACCAGAAAGUCACUGAAAUUAAAAGACAUGAUCGUUAUAAUGACUAUGAGUCACAAAAAGCACGAUCCAGAAGUAUCGAGAGACCACAUAAACAGAAAGCUAAAAAUACAAGAGAUUCUAUCGAAUGUUUAAAACAUUCAGAAUCGACAAAUCGAACCAUUGAAAAGGAUGAAUUAAAUAUUGAACGAAUAGCACCCAUUGUCAAAACAGAAGACGCACAGAUAAAAAAUGAACUACAAAAUUAUGCUGAGACGAAAUUAGAACAUACACCUGUAGAGUUGGAAGACGGUCAAAUUUUUGAUAGUCCUGAGAAUAGUCCCUAUAAAAAAGAACAGAAUGGAAAUAAAGUCUCAAAUAAUGAAGAAUCUGUCCACAGAGAAUUGGAUAAUCAUCUUUUUUCCAACGUUAAUAACUCGACAUCUGUAAAAGCUACAGACAACAGUUUACCAAUUCCAAACAUUGAAUACGUUUAUUCUUCGAGAAGUACAGAAAUUACUGAAAACAUAUCAAAUAACGGAAGCAUCGAAAACGUAGAAAAUAUUGAAAAAUUCAUUCACAAUUGUGCUUCCCCACGUGAUGAAGCAGGUAAGAAAGAAACAGUCACAUCGGGUAUAAUUUGCGCGUUAGAAGGAACAACAAGAAACGAUCUUGAAAUUAACAUUACUAACAUUACGGUCGAUAAUUGUGACCGCGAAAUAAAUUCAGAGGUGUGUACUACAUCAAUCUCCAAAACAGAACCAAUUGUAUCGUUAGUUCAAAAUCAUCAUGAGUUAGUAAAGGAAUUACCGGAUGAAAAAUGUGAAAACACACUAAUCACCGUAUCUAAAGAAAAUUUGAUAAAAGAUGAUUCUUUAUCACAAGUCACAAAUAUUAAUAUCGCACAAGAAUCAUGCGCUGAUAUCAUCAGUACCAUAGAGUCAUUAAAGAAAACAGAUAAUGGAAAAACUGAUGAAAGCUACGUGGACAAUACCAUUAAUGAUACAAGAAGUGAUAUUAAAAAUGUUGGAAGUACAUUACCAAUGAGAACAGAAAACAUGAAUUCAAGCAUUGUUACAGAAGCUAGGGUGCAAGAAGAACAAGAAGAGGGUUUAAAACAAUCUAACAAUUUGUCUGGCAACCGAAAUAAUGAUAAGAAUGUAAAAAUUAAGGCUGUAAAUGCAUCCGGGAAAAUAAUUGUGCUUUUGCGUCGUAGAAAACCUGUGUGUUUGACAGAUACCAGUGCAAAUAUGACUGUUCAUGUAAAUAACGAGCUGGAAUGUGGCAGUAACCAUAAAUAGUCCCACAAAAUCUAAUUGCAUAGUACAAGUCGUGGCCAGAACAAACGCACCUUGAUCGAAAAACUGUACGACAAUGGUAAUAAUAACUAUAAUUGUAAUAACAUUCAGCAUUAAUUUUCUAUUUACAUAUAAUCAGUAGUGUAUAAAAUGCAUUAAUAGGUAUGUGGAUUUAAUUUUAUUCUACUAGUAUUUGUUCCUGCAUACUAUAUAUUGUUAUUGUCACAUUCUGGUCAUCGAAAAGGUAGUAUUAUGUACAAACUUUUGUAAAUAACAUGUACAUAAUUUACAUGAAGUAACAAAUAUUCAAAUUGCCUUCAGCUUCAUUUCUCAUGUUAUGAAUUAUUAUAUUAAAAAAUGUUAAGUUAA